AUGGCUUUCGAUUGCUACUGCGCAAUCUGCGGUGUUGGUUUCUGUGGCAUGCACAUCGAGGCCCCGUCUGAGACAGCCCUCGAGCGCCGCAGGCGGUGGAUCGAAAAGCGAUGCCGGGCGCUGCAGGCCGGCAAAGACUUCAGGCAGGUGUCCCACGAGGGAGAGGAAAAUGAGGAGCCCGUCCGCAGCUACGAUCCCCGCAUUGUUGGCUGGGACAAUAUCUCCUGGCUGUAUAAGGCACACUGCCUGGGUGUGAAUGAAAACGCUAAACCGGGUGCGCCAAAAGCGUUUCUCUCGGAUGAAGGAUACUAUGCCGAUAUUGGCGAGUUUGUCGUCAAGGCCAAAUCUGAUGGUUCUCGGUCGCGUUCUCAGCGCGUUUAUUCAUGCUAUGGCCAUGGCUCGGAGGAAGCGCCCGGUCCCGUCUUACCGUUCCACUGGUGCUGUUUUGAGAUCUUAACUCGCGCACUGACGGGUACGACUGACACAAAAAACGUCAAUCUGGACGUGUUGUACAAUAUCAUGACGCCGUUGUGCAACAUGUCCGGGUCCGCCCUGCAAUUGAGCUACGGAGACGACAUCCAGCGCUCGCAAGGCCGCUACUGGGAAUGUAUCCCGGGCGCAGAGUAUUGUGCCGCCCACCCGGUGGAAACACCCGGACUCGAUGAACACCUCCAAAGCAAUAUGGAGACGAACAGCGGCUUGAAAACCCCGUUCGUGGAGCUGGACCUCCGCGACCGGAAGCCUGUCAGCCCAUUCGGCAAACUGCCCCUUGAGAUCGUCUAUCAGAUCUGCAAGUUCUUGCCUAGCGAUUCGCUAAAGGCACUGACUGAAGCCUCCCUGCACAUUCACCUCGUCACCCAGGAUAAUCUAUUCUGGAAGCAAUAUAUGCAGCAGAAUAUGCCAUGGUUCUGGGAGCUUCAGGCAGCAAAGAACCAGAAGGUCCCGGCGGAUCUCAAUUAUAAGAGGAUGUACAUGUGGCUCGAAAAGAUGACUGCCCCGCGGUACGGUAUGGACGAUGUGAAGUUGAUUGGUGUCGCCAACCGGAGACGCAUCUGGGGUGUUUGCGAGGAUCUUGCGGAUCGGUACAACACGAGCCUGAAUCAGCCCACAGUUAGCGCAACGCAGUGGGAAAGUGGCUGA